AUGAAGUUCAUCAACGCCCUUGUGCCCAUUAUCGGCUUUGCCGCUGCUGCUCCCUCCGGUGGCUCGUCCCCUUCCAAGGUCAAGAUCCGUGGCGUGAGCCUUCUCGGCAGCGGCUGCCCUGCCGGCACCGCUGACGUCCAGGUCGAUGCCACUGGCAGUCUCUUCGAGGCGACCUUUUCGGCCUACCAAGUCCAGACAGGUCCCGGUACCAAGGCCAUUGACUGGCGCAAGAACUGCAAGCUCACCCUGAACAUGGAGUUUGAUCAGGGCUUCCAGUUCUCCAUUCUCGACACAGACAUGAUUGGCUUCGCCGAGAUCCCCAGGGGCGCCAAGGGCCAGUGCACCAACACCUUUUCCUUCACCGGCAACGGCGCGCAGCACGUCGACUACGGCAUCAGCCUGCCCGGCCACUACAGCGGCAACUUUGAUCUGCAGAGCCGCGCCGGCAUCGAGUCCUGGUCCCCCUGCGGCGGCAGCACUGCCAUUCUCAACAUGAACACUGCUUGCAACAUCAGCCCGACUCACCUCCCCGCCCUCAUUGCUGUCGAUCACGUUAGCGGCAAGCUCACGGUCAAGUUUGGCGUCAAGUGGAGAGGCUGCCCCAGACAUUAA